AUGUUUACUGCCAUUUACGCGCCUUGUGCUUCCUACACUGAAGAUGUGAAACUUUUUUGGAGAGAAAUAGAAGAAGUAAGAAGUUUCUGGAAAUACCCAUGGGUGAUUGGAGGGGAUUUUAAUGAAAUCAGAUUUUGUCAUGAAAGAUCUACGGGAAGUGAUUACACUGGUGGAAUGGAGAGAUUUAACAGAUUCAUUUCUAAGUAUCAUCUUAUCGAUUUACCUUUGAUUGGAGCAACUUAUACAUGGACAAAUAAUCAAGUUCAAAGUGUUAGAAGCCGGAUUGACAGGUUGCUAAUUUCUUUAUCAUGGGAGUUGGAGUUUCCAAAUGUAAUUCAACAAGUUCUUCUUCAUCCUGUCUCUGAUCAUAGCCAUAUAGCCCUGAUUUGUGAUGGAAAUCCUGGAUCUGUAUUUUGCAAAAAAAUUCAGAUGUUAAAGCCUAAGCUAAGAGAGUGGAACAAGCAAGAGUAUGGAGAAUUAGAAAGAAAGGUGGAGGAUUUGGAGGAAAUCUUCACCAACUUGGACAUUGAAGAAAAAUUGCAGAAUGGUCUUACAAGUGAUCAAUGGGAUGAGAGAGUAUCUGCAAGACAAGAAUGGUGCAAACUUACUUUGGUGAAAGCUGAGAAGUGGAGAUGCAGAGCUAGAGUAAAUGAUAUUAAGAACAAUGAGAACAAUACAAAGUAUUUUCACAUAUUGGCAAAUGACAAUAGAAGAAGAAGUUUUAUUGGAUCCAUCAAAGUUAAUGGUGUUCUAACUGCUAAUGAAGAAGAAAUUAAACAUGGCAUUGUAGAUUAG